CGAAGUACGUCGGCUGGGUGGGAAACUUUUACGCACGGAGAUGCUUCAGUGACUAACAGCGAACGUGCAGCUCAACGCGUCCUGUUCUCUUUAUUAACGCGCCGCUGAUCUCAGAUCCGGAUCAGACCGUUAGCUGGACGCACCGAGGCUGAACCGACUCCACAUUAAGCAGCGACAGGAGGAGGAGUUGCUGCUUUACUGUCUGUCUGGGCGUCGACUGGACUCAGAGCUGAAGGAGCUUCAGACAGAUCAGACCUUCACAGCUUCACAGGUUAAAGAUUCAGAGCUUCUUCUUGUUCUUCUGGUAUCUCCUGAGCAGGAUGCAGCAGCUGGAGGACGACAAGCCCAAGAAGAAGGUGACGCUCUACCUUCUCUUCUGCGUCUCCACGGCCGUCAUCGGAUCGCUGCAGUUCGGAUACAACACCGGAGUCAUCAAUGCACCUGAGCAGAAGCUGCGUAAGUUCUUCCAGAACGUCUCCAUGGACCGCUACGGGGAACCGUUCAGUCCUGGAACCACCACCAUGGUGUGGAGCUUCGCCGUGGCCAUCUUCAGCGUGGGAGGGAUGAUCGGAUCGUUCUCCGUGGGGACCAUGGUCAACACAUUUGGCAGGAGGAAGUCCAUGCUGCUCUCCAACAUCCUGGCUCUGAUCGGUGGAGGUCUGAUGGGACUCUCCACCCUCAGUCAGUCCUUUGAGAUGGUGAUCGUGGGCCGGCUGGUCAUCGGCAUCUUCUGCGGUUUGUGCACCGGUCUGACGCCGAUGUACGUCGGAGAGAUUUCCCCCACCGCCGUCAGAGGGGCCUUCGGGACGCUGCACCAGCUGGGCGUCGUCAUCGGCAUCCUGGUGGCUCAGAUCUUCGGUCUGGAGUUCCUGCUGGGUUCAGACUCCCUGUGGCCUCUUCUUCUGGCCCUCACCAUCGUUCCUGCCAUCCUGCAGAGCAUCAUGCUGCCGUUCUGCCCUGAAAGUCCUCGAUACCUGCUGAUCGUCCUCAACCAGGAGGAGGAGGCCCGGAAAGCUCUGGUGCGACUCCGCGGCUCUGAAGACGUGAGCGACGACAUCCAGGAGAUGAAGGAGGAAGGCAUGAAGAUGGCCCUGGAGAAGAAGGUCACCGUCCUGGAGAUCUUCAGGUCUCCAAACUACCGGCAGCCCAUCAUCAUCGCCAUCAUCCUGCAGCUCUCCCAGCAGCUGUCCGGCAUCAACGCCGUGUUUUAUUACUCGACUGGAAUCUUCCAAACUGCCGGCGUCACUCAGCCCAUCUACGCCACCAUCGGUGCUGGCGUCGUGAACACCGUGUUCACCGUGGUCUCUCUCUUCCUGGUCGAGCGGGCCGGACGUCGGACGCUGCACCUGAUUGGUCUGGCCGGGAUGGCGAUCUGCGCCCUCGUCAUGACCAUCUCCCUGUCUCUGGUGAAGGCCACCCCGUCCCUCAGCUACCUGGCCAUUGUGGCCGUCUUCGGCUUCGUCGCCAGCUUCGAGAUGGGUCCGGGUCCGAUCCCCUGGUUCAUCGUGGCCGAGCUCUUCUCCCAGGGGCCCCGACCGGCCGCCAUGGCCAUCUCCGGCUGCUCCAACUGGACCGCCAAUUUCCUGGUGGGGCUCGGCUUCCCCAAACUGGAGGAACUGUGCGGUCCGUACGUCUUCCUCAUCUUCAUGGUCCUCCUCAUCCUCUUCUUCAUCUUCACCUACCUGAGGGUUCCUGAGACCAAAGGCAGGACCUUCGACGACAUCGCUCAGGGAUUCGCCGCCAGCGCCGGGAAGUCGUCUCCGUCCACGGUGCCGGAAUCGGUAACCGUUCCUCUACCGGACAGCAAAGAACCGGCGCCCAUGUCCCCCACAGAGAGGUUCCCCAUGGUGGAUCUGCCUCCAGAGAAACAGUGAAGAACCUCAGAGCUACACCUGGAACACUGGAAGCACGACUCAGUGUACUAACGAGAUUUUAUUAAUUUAUGUUCUUAGGAGCCGUUUUUAAAGUUAAACAGCCUUUUUUUAAAAGAUCCUCACUUAGAGAUGCUUAAAGAAUUGACAGAGUUCCCAGUAAUCUGCUUUAAACAGUGUUUGCUGACAGGCCAGCUCCUGGUUCUGCCCCGUAAGAGGAUCAGAACGGGUUUAAUGUUCAGUCGCAGCUCCUCAGCUCCCCUCAGUGUUGGAAGGUCGCAGGAUUUAGGGCUUUCAUGGAAUGAGGUCAGGCCUGAAAAGCCGGUUUUGGAGCCCAAAGCUUGACCCAAAAAGACUGAAUAACUGCCCUCUGAGCUGCUGGAGGGAAACAUGGAGGUAGAAGAGCCAACAUGGAGGCUGCAGAACCAACAUGGAGGCUGCAGAGCCAACAUGGAGGCUGCAGAGCCAACAUGGAGACUGCAGAACCAACAUGGAGGCUGCAGAACCAACAUUGAGGCUGCAGAACCAACAUGGAGGCUGUAGAGCCAACAUGGAGACAAUAGAACCAACAUGGAGGAUCUCUGACACUCAGGAGCAGGAAAAAGCACUAAACUUAGAACCUUAGAACAAAUAUAUUUCAGUAUUUAGACGAUUUUUAAAGUAUUGUCACAUUGUAGAAACCUCCGGAUGUUUGGGUUUCUGCAGCGUUUGUGUUCUUUCUACACGAUUUGUCUUUUUAGCUUCUAUGUUCAAGAAGAAAAGUGAACUCAAACACAUCCGGCUGCAGCUUUUCUGCUCCUUUGUUCUAAAACAAAACCGUCACAAUUCUUAUUUCCCAUCAAGAGGACAUUGUUUACUCUGAUUUACGGCUUCUUAGAGAUCAUUUUUCACUUUAUUUAAAGAGUUUUUUGAGUAGAAACAUGAGAGAAACUCUGAAAAGGCUUUUUUGCUUUGUAAAACAUUUUUUUUAUUUCCCCUAUAAAACCACUUCAAUCAUCCCAGAAUGAUUUGUUCUUUCUAAAUAGAGUUAAUCGAGCCAUCUGCUAAAAGUUCCUGUAUUUAUUCAGCAUAUAUUACAGAAAAACUAGAUAUACACUAGAUUGAUUGGCUCAGCUUCCACACCAAUGGUAGCAUUUUUAUUCCAUGUUUUAUUUCUUGUUUGCUAACCCUACUCUAAUCACAGUAACAGGGUUGCUAAUCCAUGCUAAUGUGAUCUUUUUCUCAGCAGUAGAAGCUAGAUAUUUAGCUAGCUGUUACUGCUGACCAAGAGGACAAACUGACUGAUGGAAAACAGUCCAAAGAAUGAGUCUGAUCCUGAUAAUAUGAGGUAGAGGGAGACAUUCAAUCAAGGCUGACAAUGGAUGAAAAUAUAAAAAAUAGAAGAGAGGGCAUAGCUUUGCUCUACACAUUCUUUAGGAAAACUGUUUGAUGAUGUAAACGACAAAACCAAGACAUAAAACGACCAAACAAGGCACAAAACAACAAAAAAAGACAGAAAACAACAAAAAAAGACAGAAAACAACAAAAACUAGAUACAAAAUAACAAAACGAGACAGAAAACAACAAAAACAACACACAAAACGAUCUGAAUAUCAUUUUACUCCAGCAUCAUCCAGCUUUACUCGUACAAUAAAUUGAGCAUGUUCUUCAAAAUGAGCAGAAACAGAAAGAUUUGGUUGCAUAAAAAAACCAACUGCGUGAAAAGAUGUUUAAUAAAAACAAGUUUUCUGUCUGCAGCUGUUGUUGGUUUGACCAUUAAAUUGGCACCACAAAGAUCGGAAUGAACUAAAUUCUUUUUUUUAAAGGUUUUUCUAAAUUAUUUUUAAUUUUCUCUGCAGGUGUGCCAGCCUGAAGUCAUUCUAGAGCGAUUCAAUCUUUCUAAAUUUAGAUUUUCAAGUAAUUUGCUGCAGUUUUUUUUCCAUAUUUAUCACAGAAAAACUAAAUAUUGCGGUUUGUUUUGAUAUAAAAUGAGCAGAAAUAGUAAAAAAAAACUGAAAAAGAAGAUUUUGUUGCAAAAACAAACCAGUUGUAGGAAAAUAUUUCAGCUGCAGAGACGAUGAUGACGGAUAAAAACAUUCUGAGCAAAGAUCUGAAUGAAUGACGUGAGAAAAGCUUUUUUCUAAAUGAUUUUUAAUGUUCUCUGCACAUGCGCUCCCCUGCAAUCAUUCCAGAGUGAUUCAGUCUUUCUAAAUUGAGAUUUCCGAGUAAUUAGCUGCAGUUUGUUUCUCUGUUUAUUUGUGUUGAUAAAGAACCGCGAUGGCUUUGUGUGAGUCUGACGCCGCCACAGAAAGUUAACCUCCUCAGUUUUAGGAUUUCACUGCAGGUUUUGUUUGUUUACAGCGAAUAUUAGAGUUGGAUUCAAACCUCAGGAGGCCGAAUGUGAAGCUGCAUGAAGCUUCCAGCUGUUAGAACAUCUGUCCAUCCAUCAUGUACUUGAAGCUCCUUCGACAUCUCCAGUAAAACUCCUUUACAUCUCUAAACUAGUGUCUGUAUCUGAGGCUUCUGGUGCUGAAAACACUAAGUGAUCUGUAUUUAUUUGAGCUGAAAAUACAUCCUUCUUGUGUCUAAUGGUGUGAAAUGAUAUCAGCAGUGUAACGUUCCAUUAAUGUUGUCUGAAUGUUCUUGUGGCUGAUGGGAAUGUCUGAGCUUUGCUUCGUUUUUGCACUUUGACGUCUUUCUAACGACGGAUUCUGUUGUUUCCUGUAAAUACGCUUUCUGGUUGUUUCUUCUUCUGUUCUGGUUCCUCUGAUUCUCCGUCUGAUGCACUGAUGCCGCUCUGCAUCUCCACAAUGUUCACUUUUGUUUUGUGUAUAUUUGGUUGUUGUAAAUAAACAGAAGUCACGUCCA